AUGCAUCUGAAGGCCUUUUCGACGGUCGCCUUGGCUGUUGUUGGCGCCGCUAAGAAUGUACGAGAUGUUGAGCCGUGUGCAAAGGUUAGCCAGUUGGUAGCUGAUGCCAACCAAAACAAAAUCAAUGCCCGUGUGCCUCAUGAUCUGGCUCAUCAGUGUCUACUGUCUAUGCCCUUUGACUCGGAUCGUGCCCUUAAUUUCUUGAAUCAGGUCCGCAAGAUCCUCGAGUUUCAGUCGACCGUUGAUAUCUUGAAAAAUCCCCCGUCCGGAUAUACCAUGCCCUCCACGGAUAUCAUGGGCGGAAUUGACACAAUUCUGGCCAAGGCAAAGAGCAAUGGCUUCUCUAGUCAGUUCGACAUGGACUUCGAGGUUAAUAGCCUCAUCAAGUCUGCUCAUGAUGGACAUCUCGCAUUCCAGCUAUGCUCACAAUCUAUCUUCACCUAUGGGAUAGACCUACCGCUGGUAUCCAUCUCAACAGAUGGUCUUGCUCUUCCACAGGUUUACACAUUAAACGAUGCCAAACUGCAGAAGACCAACUCAAAGGCUGUCUCCCCUCUUGCAUCUAUCAAUGGCACAGAUGUAGCCACGUUCCUGGAAUCGUAUGCCAGCGGCCAGAGUCUCCAAGAUCGCGAUGCACACCAAAGAUACAACCGAGUGUUCCCCGGACUGGCCCGCAGUGUCACCAACACUCCCACCGACGCCAACGGAAUCUGGGCCUCCAUCGGCGACUGGACUGAUGGCGCUGAGCUGUCCCUGAAGUUCGCCAAUGGCACCGAAAAGACAGUGCAGAAGACAGCCACGCCAAGCGAGCGGUUUUUCUCCUAUGAAAAUGGAACGCAUCUCUGGAACACCGAGUGCGUUCCUCGCGAUUUGUCCACGCCCUUGAGUUCCUCCUCUGUCGCAGAGAAAGCAUCUGAAGUACCCGGACUCCCUAGUACCGACUGGCGCACCUCGGCCAAUUCAAUUGCGGGAUAUUACUCGAAUCUCACAGAUCUGCAGGACACGGCAGUCAUCUUCUUGCCUACAUUCUCAUCUAGUGCAUCAGAGGUUGCACAGAUUGCCACCGAUUUCUUGCAGAAUGCCACGGCUGCUGGGAAGAAGAACGUGUUGAUUGACGUCUCUGCCAAUCCAGGUGGAUACAUGUCUAUUGGUAUUGACUUCUCUCGUAUCUUCUUCCCCGGUGCUACCCCAUACACGGCGACGCGUUUCCGGGCACAUGAUGCGGCGAAGUAUCUCACCAAGGCGUAUUCGCGGGAUACAUCUACCGAUUCGAGUAAUGUCUUUGCGUAUAAGCAGACGGUCCAGCCGGAUCAGAAGAUGGGUUUCAGUUCUUGGAAGGAUCUCUAUGGUCCGCAUGAUAUCCUUGGGAGCUCGGCUUCAAGUCUGCUGGCUAAUUUUAACUACACAUCCACCUCCUCGGAAGUCUUUCCUAUCAAUGGAUAUGGCCCUGUUCCUUUGAAGCCGAGCAAAUCCCUGUUCCCAGCGGAGAACAUUGCAAUUAUCACAGAUGGCGACUGCGUCUCAACCUGCGCAUUCUUCGUCAAACUAAUGAAACGCCAAGGCGUGCGGACAAUCACGUUCGGCGGCCGUCCCCAAAAAGCACCCAUGCAAGGCGUCGGCGGCGUGAAGGGCGGCCAAUCCCUCGGAAUCAACUAUAUCAAUGGCUACAUCCAGCAAGCGAACAAGCUGAUCAGUGACUCAAUGAAUAGUUCAUCUCCGCUGUUGACUAUUCCCGAGUGGAAGGCUUUCAAUGCGUCUAGUCCCAGCACGGCGGCGACGCUUUCAUGGAGUGGUAAUCUGAAUCUGAGGAAUGAGUAUGACCCCGAGGAUGGGGAGACGCCGUUGCAGUUUGUUUAUGAGGCUGCUGAGUGUCGGCUCUUUUAUACUUUGGAGAAUUAUUUGGGGAGGGAGACGGUUUGGCAGGCUGCGGCUAAGGCUAUGUUUGGGGAUGGACGUCUCUAA